UCGCCUUUCGCCUAGGAAAGUCACAGAAGACCAGUGUCAGUUUUUGUUUUGAGCAGUUUCGACCCUUUGCGGAAAAGAUAGCCCGGCUGGAUAGAAGUGUUUCUCGGUAGAGAAAAAAAAGACAAAAAUCGAAACGAUGUUAGCCGGUUAACGGUAUCGAGGCGGACUGAUAAGAAAAACAAAUCUCUCAACCCUCUAGUCCUCCUGGCCUGUCAGAUUUUUGUGCAUUUUCCUGGUUUCAAUCGAAAAUUUCGAGUGAUUCAAUUUUGUGGGUCGACGGCCGGUGAGGUAUCCCCUUCUUCGAAGAUUUCCGAGACGUGGAAGAGCUGGACUUCAGCCAGAAAAAAGGAUUUAAAUCGGAAUUGUGGAUCUCCGAUUUUAUCUGACUUUCGGACUUAAGAUGCCCGUGAGGAAACAAGAAGCACAUCGGGCGCUUGAGCUCUUGGAAGACUACCAUUCGAAACUGACGAAGCCCCAGGAUAAGCAACUCCGCUUAGCCAUCGAGAGGGUGAUCCGCAUUUUCAAAUCCCGGCUCUUCCAAGCUUUAUUAGACAUACAAGAAUUCUACGAGCUCACCCUUUUGGACGAUACUAAGUCAAUACAACAAAAGACUGCGGAAACAAUUAGAAUAGCCAAUAAAUGGGAGUCAAGCGAUGGUCCCAUUUCCUACAACAAUGAGAUGAUAGGCGGGGAUUUCAGAGGUGGAACCUUGCUUCCCAUUACUCAAGCUCUAAUAGGCCUACAUGAUCAGCGAGCUGCUACCCCUGAAGAAAUCUAUCCCCAAGGACAUGUGAAAAUAGACGGGGAGAACAACGAAACGCAGAAGGGGCGCUACUCCGAUGACAUAUUGGAGUCGAUGCCGGUUAAAGAGCUCGAGGAUAAAUCACCAAGGAUAAUCCAAGAACCACCCGUCCACCUGAACCAUUCGCCGUUGCUCAACAACAAGGAAGAAUCCAGCGAAGAAGAGGAAGAAUCUAAAAAAAGCGAAAAGGAAGAAUCAGAGGAAGACGAAGAUCACAAAUCAAAGGGAAGUGACAGUUGGCAAGGACAAGACAACGACCAGGCUCACACCCCACUUUUAGGAUCUGAAGGAAAGCAAGUGAACGGUGAUGGUGAGUGGGAAUAUGAAGAAAUUACGCUGGAGAGAGGCGGAUCCGGACUGGGCUUCUCAAUCGCAGGAGGAACGGAUAAUCCGCAUAUCGGCGACGACACCGCCAUUUACAUCACCAAGCUGAUCGCAGGAGGUGCUGCGGCGGCUGACGGCAGGCUGCGCGUCAACGACAUCAUCUUGGAGGUCAACAGGGUCUCCGUGGUAAACGUGACGCACGCUGCCGCCGUCGACGCCCUCAAAAGGGCCGGCAACACCGUCACACUCUAUGUGCGAAGAAGGAGAGAAAACGUCCUGGGAAGCAUGCGAGUCAUGGAGAUCGAGUUGAUCAAAGGAAACAAGGGUCUGGGCUUUAGCAUCGCCGGAGGCAUAGGCAACCAACACAUACCGGGCGACAACGGUAUCUAUGUGACGAAAAUUAUGGACGGUGGUGCUGCACAAGUCGACGGAAGGCUCUGCGUUGGAGACAAACUGGUUGCAGUCAGGAACUCGAUCGAAGGUGAUGUCAAUUUAGAAAACGUGACCCAUGAGGAAGCUGUAGCGACGCUGAAAGCGACUCACGAAAGGGUGCUUUUGGUCGUCGGAAAGCCGGACCACGUCUACCUUCCUCCUCCACACGCCGAGCUGUCAGUUAGUCCUCAACCAUCCCUGCAAGACUCCCUUCAUGCUUCGACAAUCCAGUUGCAGGCGCCUUCUCCAAGGACGGUCAGCGUUGAAGACGUCUCUUCAAGGGAGCCUCGGACGAUAGUGUUGAACAAGGGCAAUUCAGGACUGGGUUUCAACAUCGUCGGCGGUGAGGACGGCGAGGGCAUCUUCGUCUCGUACAUCCUGGCCGGCGGUCCUGCGGAUCUGGCCGGGGACCUCAAACGCGGUGACCAAAUCCUCAGCGUCAACGGCGUCAACCUGAGAAACGCGACGCACGAAGAAGCCGCACAAGCCCUCAAGGGUGCGGGUCAGACAGUCACGAUCGUCGCCCAGUACAAACCAGAGGACUACAACAGGUUUGAAGCAAAAAUCCAUGAUCUCAAACAGCAGAUCUCCCAUCAGGGCUCCACCGGAACGCUCCUGAGGACGUCCCAGAAAAGAUCUUUAUAUGUUAGAGCACUUUUUGAUUAUGACCCUUCAAGGGAUGACGGACUCCCUUCGCGGGGACUCCCCUUUCACUACGGUGACAUUCUUCACGUGACGAAUGCGUCUGACGAUGAAUGGUGGCAGGCCCGGAGAGUCCUGACAACGACGGGGGAGGAAGAAUCGACUAUAGGCAUCAUCCCGUCGAGGAGAAGGUGGGAGAGAAAGCAAAGGGCCAGGGAUAGGACGGUCAAGUUUACUGGCCAUAUGCCCCUAAUGCUCGACAAGGUAGGAGAGCAAUCUACACUUGAGAGGAAGAAAAAGAACUUCUCAUUUUCAAGAAAAUUCCCAUUCAUGAAGAGCAAAGAUGACAAGUCUGAGGACGGCUCUGAUCAAGAACAAUCACCGAGCACACCCAUCAACGAAGGGGAUUCUUCAAGUAUGCCGUUCAUGUUAUGCUACGCUCAAGAAGAUCCAGCGACUGAAGGCGCAGAAGAGCAAGUAUUAUCGUAUGAAGCUGUAUGCCAGCAGAGGAUUGACUAUACAAGACCUGUUAUCAUCCUCGGGCCGUUGAAAGACAGAAUCAAUGACGACCUAAUUUCAGAAUUUCCCGAGCAGUUUGGAUCUUGCGUGCCUCACACAACACGACCAAAACGGGAAUACGAAGUUGACGGACGAGAUUAUCAUUUUGUAGCAUCUAGAGAGCAAAUGGAGAAAGACAUUCAGAACCACCUUUUUAUCGAAGCUGGACAGUACAACGACAACCUUUAUGGAACAUCAGUUUCUUCAGUCAAAGAGGUUGCUGAGAAAGGAAAGCACUGCAUCCUUGAUGUGAGUGGAAACGCAAUCAAAAGACUUCAGGUUGCCCAACUUUACCCAAUUGCCAUUUUCAUUAAGCCUAAAUCUGUGGAAUCUAUCAUGGAGAUGAAUAAAAGAACGACUGAAGAACAAGCUAAGAAGACAAUGGAGAGGGCAUUAAAAUUGGAACAAGAUUUCGGAGAAUAUUUUACAGCUGUUGUUCAAGGAGAUACGCCUGAGGAAAUAUAUCACAAAGUCAAAGAAGUAAUAAGUGAACAGUCUGGACCGACAAUCUGGGUCGCAUCAAAAGAUCCACUUUAAGGAAACUUUUAAACACACAAAAAUAUAUAUAAUUAAAAUAUC